AUGUUAAAACUUCUAGAAGUCAGUGCAUUGCUUAUUUCAAUUAAAUUCGUUGCAUGUUUAACAUACUUUAAAAUCGACAAUAUAGAAGAUUUAAAACAAUUCCCUAAAAUAUUGGAAACUAUAAACCAUGAUUUAUCCGAACACAUUAAAUUAACACCAAAUCCGAACAAACAUGUAAGUAAAGGGAACUUUAGAAAUAAGAUAUUGGUGAAGCGAAAAAUACCCCACGGCCUAGAUGCGGGAACCUAUGAAUAUGAUGAUAAAUUUAAUACAAUUUAUAAACCUCUCAUAAGACUCCACAAGAAGAUUAAUAUUGGUAAAAAAUUUGAUAAUGCACUUCAACAAUUCGAAGAUAAAUACGAUGUAAGUAAUGAUAAAGCCGAGACCAGAGAUACUAAUGACGUAUGGAACGAACGCGCAUACAUAGAUAAAAAAUUGAAUACAAAAGCAUAUGAUUAUUUAGUCUUUGUAACUAAAAGAAAUAAUAGAAAAAAAAAAUCGAAUAUAAAGAAAAGGCGCGGAUUAGCCUAUAAUGAAAUAAUGUCUGCGCUGAGUAAUACUUUACGCGCGUAUGAGAAGUCCGGCGAAGCUAAUGAUCCUUUGGCCCCAGGACCGAAAAUUCCAAUGGAUUUACACGAUGGUAAAGGGAAUAAUUGGAUGCCCCAUUAUCCACCUUGGAAUUAUUGGACGUAUAAGAAAACCUUACAUCAAGAUGCGUGUCCUGGAUCACAAGUUAGAAUUGGAAAUAUGUGUAUGUGGAUACCACCUCAUUAA